UUCAUGAUUUAUUCACUGAAAUUGAGCGAGCCUACCCGCACCAGUAUUAGGUCUAGUUUUAUCGUCUGUUGGCGGGGUGAAAGUAAAGGGUUACCGGUACUCUUCCUCCACGGAGGCUAAAUCUUUAUCAUUUGAUUAUCAUACUAUAAUUAUCCAGAUUGGGGUACGAAUAGAAAAGUGUAGCAAUGGGAAUCAAAGGGUUGAGUGGUUUCGUUCACAGAUACCCCAAACCUUUAUUGGAAGAUAUCAAUGUCAGCGACACGAAAGUUAUCAUCGAUGGAUCAGAAUUGUUGUAUUUUCUUUACUAUGAAUCUGGCCAUUUGGAUUUCAGAUGUGGCGGCGAUUAUACGUCAUUUCGAUCUACAAUACAACAAUUUGCCGAAGCAUUGAACCGUUGCCGUAUUCGACCUUACGUGGUAUUUGACAGUUUCAAAUCGGAAAACAACAUACAAAAAUAUCUCAAAGACAGAACUGCCAAAUUGGGUGGUAUAAGAGAACUGGUGAACACGGGGGAUACAAGAAUAAGAGCAAAACCUUUGCUUGGAAAGGUUGUGUUGACGCAAACUUUAACCGAACUUGAUGUCCCUUUCAUUGUUGUUCCCGGAGAUGCUGAUGCUAAAAUCGCCGCAAUUGCCAACGAACUUGACGCGAUGGUUCUUGCGUCGGACACUGAUUUCUGUAUAUUUGAAGUCAAGAAGGGAUUUCUUUUUAUGAGCGACUUUAAAUGGCAAGGGGUAACAGAAUCUGAGCGGUCUUGUCGAGGGAAAAUAUUUCGUCAGUCAAUCCUCGAAAUUACGUUUGGAACUCCGAGAAACGCUUUGUCUGUUCUCGAGCCAUUGAUGAGCAAACAAGACGGAAUCAUCGGUGAAAAUUUUGAGGACUUCUUGCAACUUUUACCGCGGGAAGUGAGGCUUCCAAGGAAUCUUCCCAGAAAAUUUCGUCGUCCAAAUACGAUUGAAUGUGCGUUGGUGUGGCUCGCCCGUUAUCAAGAUAACGAUCAAAUUAUCCGAUUAAUUGAGGCCAAAACUACAAACUUUCCGGAGGAAAAGUUCAGGGAAUGUUUACGUAUAUAUCAAGAUCUUCCUGACAUCCAAAGUUUUAUGGAUACGUUGCUUAACGGUGGCGAAUCAGCUGACAUAAAACCAUAUUGUUUUGAGACCAUCGAAGGAAUGCAAGAACCAGUGAGUUUCAUGCCGCUUAUGGUGGAUAACCCAGAGAACAACUCUUCCCAUGCAGCAUCGUUUUCAAUCCGCCAAUCGUUUUACGAAUUGGGAUGCAUCAUCGAUUUUAAGGGAGAAGAAAAGGAUAAUGUGGUGGAACGUCGUAUUGUAGAAAUGGAUCGCAUUGGGCAAAAUUAUGGAGCAAAAGUGAUGACGGUGACAGUUCCAAACUCGGACCGAACAGAAGAAUUACAUCUUGAAAUGACACGGGAAGAAUUAAGAGUAUGCGACACUCGUGAAGUAAUCAUGGCUGCACGGGAAGAAUAUCUUACGAAAGCUAUGAUACAGAAUCGAGAUUUUUCAGAUGCAGCUGUUGUUGGCGAGGAAAACAAGCUUCUCGUUUUGAGUAUUUACAGUUGGGCAAGAUGUCAGGAUCAGACACCGCUGGACGAAGUGUGCAAAGCACUAGCACUGACGUUUUCGUGUUCUUACCAUGAUAUUAGUGGUAAAUCUUUGCCGGAUGCCUUUCGUCGUAUAUCUGAUGACAGUUAUGACAAGGUAGCAUUGCACUUUUCUGCGCAAUGGCAAGCCAUUAUCUGUGAAGCAAUGCGACUAAAUAACCUCUUGGAAUGUCCAAUACCAAAUUCAAAAGUCGGUCACCUUUUCUCUGGUACGUUGUUUCAGAAAGCACACGCUUUCUUUCUACAAAAUGAAGACCUAACAAAUGAUGAUGUCGUAGACCUGCUGUUUCAUGACUUGGAACAGCCGAAGCAAUUCUUUGAGAAAGUUCUUGAUGUUAUGAUUAGAGGACAAUAAAUGCAUAUUUUUCAUAUCCUAUGGGAUUAUAAUAUAUAACAUAAAAUAAUAUUCAAUAUACCUACACGGUAACUAUAUUUACAUCUUCAUUCUCAUUGAUAUAGGUCCAUAGGAUAUCGACAUGAUAUUUUUUGUGACUUCAUGUCGAAUAUAUAAGAAAAGAGAGUGAGCAAUGCUCAAAUAUAUGAACAUGAAAGUCAAAACGAUGUAGCCCAGGCAUGCAAUCUGUCACAGUAGAUUACCGUCUCAGCAUUCCAAACAACGUAGCCUGACAACCACUGACGCGAACACGGAACAGCCACGGAAUGUAAAAUUUUGAUGACAUCAUCGCACACAAGAAACGAAUACCAUAAAGCCUACAAAAAUUUUUGAAAUAAAUAAAAGUCAUGACCUUCUAGCGGAAAAUACAAUCUUCAACCACCAGAAACUUCAAAGCAACUGGCCUGUGAUAAUGACAAAACCCAUUUUUUUUAACAUCAAUAUAAAAAAAACAUAUGUACAUUUCGUAUCCAAAAAUUAUGUUCAUUUAACAUUUAUACAGCAUUCCUUAUUGUUUGAGUUAUUUUUGUUUGUGGCUACAAUCGUGUUUGAAUAAUCGCCUUUGUAAAUGUUUUUACCAAUUAUAAUGCAUAUUAAUGACAAUUAACUUAAUAUUCGAUUUCCAAAAGAUAUAUCAAAUCCAGUUUGUUUGAUUUUUUUCUUGAUAUAACUCAUCAAAAGCCAAGCUUUGAUUUAUCGGAAAAAAAAAUUGUCUUUUCCAAAAAAUUUUGACUUCUUCAAAUCCUUGAAAUUUGCAUGACUAGACAUAUUUAUACUUUUAUUUUUGCUCAUGCUGUCGAAUGUACAAUGUUCAGAAAAAGCGUCGAGUUGUUGUUCCGACAAUUUUUUUUUAAGAAAUUUUGAUUCAACUUCUUUUCGAAGAUCUUUCUUCAAAUCUUCGUAAGUUACAAAAAAUAUUCUUUCCUCGUCUUCUUGAU